AUCGUUCAGUAAUUCCCCUCAGGCUGCUCCAGAUGUGAACGUGACGUGAGUCUUUACAAGGCUGAACUACAGCACCGACCACGGGACUACACAAGGUUUCAUGUCAUUCAACGACCACACAAAAAGAUGUCUGCUGAGCUCUACUGUGUGGGUGAACCAGGUGGAAAUAAUGCAAGUGAUCAAAGCACCACAGUGGGGGGCGGCAAACCUUUACACCGCUUCUUGAAAGGGCAACCCAAGAUUAUUGGCAUCAUCGUGCUGAUCAUGGGCUUGUCUUUCUUCACCGUUACCAUAGCGGUCGUGCCAAUGAAUCCAACCACAUGUGCAGUCGUCCCCUUCUUGAUGCAAAUACUGUUCAUCAUAUCUGGGAUUGUGUAUAUUCUGACAGAGCACAGCCCAACAAAGAAAAAAGUAACCAUUUCGUUGGCUCUGAGUAUUGCGACCAUACUGGGGACAUGUUGGACUAUGCUGUGCAUGGUGCCCUCCGUAUUUCGCUACGUCUACUACAGCCACCAAGCAUUUAUGGUCAUGGAACUAUCUAUGGAUCUGAUCUUUAUUGUUAACAGUGUCGUGGGAGUAAUUAUUUUCAUUGUAAUGUCAUGCCUGGCCACUUCUGCCCUGCGUUCCACAAAGAGCCAGGUCAUUGUAGUGAUGACUACUUCGCCAGAUGAAACACCAGUUGAAUAACAGGAAGGUCUGAAAUUGGACAAAUUGAGCAGAGUAAAGAAAUAUAAAAGACACAAACAUAGCCAAGUAUUUCACUUUGUGGGCACAACAGCAUAUAUCAUUUCUAAAUACUGACCACUGGUAACUAGCAUUUUUUGAUGUCGUACAGUAUAUCAUUUUAAUACAGAUAAUAUGAAUAUAACUAUAUGUAUUGUCUUGUGUUGUUUCUGUGAUCUAUUACUACUUCCAGCACCAUGUGAGCACUAUAUUUCCCUCUUUUGAACAUUUGCCACCAGAUUCAACAGGAAGAUGGCAUUGAACUUUCCGCAAACUUUCAGCAUAGGCAAUUGCUGCUUCUCACUUUGCAGUCUGCCAUUGGCUGACCUGUCAGCACAUUCUGUUUGCACUUCUGCAUUUCACAGGACAAAGGUCCCUUUAAAACCAACGUCCCUCCAAGAUAGUUAAAUGAAACUGUGUGGAAUAUUUGUAUUUGUCAAAACGUUCAAAUUAGUCAAAAGCAGGCUGAGUUGAGCUUUUUUUGCUGUUUCUCUUGUUACAGUAAGUAAGCGCCAUGUUUGGACAUAGAAAGAAAAGUUUAUAGAUCAUUUACUAAUGCUUGAUAGAGCAGUCAUAUUACAAUAAUAACAACAACUUUGAGGUUGAGAAGCUGUUAUUUUUUGCCAGCAUGACCUUACUAGGAGUUCAAGCCUUUCUUCCCAUCCCCGAAUGCAAUGUGGAUUAGCCAGACCCUCCUUCAGAGCGCUUUGGAGGAGGGUCUGGCACAGCAAGACUAAAUUAAAUAUGACCAUAAACGAUGGGGGCACUAUAAUUAAAAAUCAAAUUUAGGACUAGACUUUCCCUUCAUUUAAAUUUGAACUCCCUAAUCAUAGGUAAGUAGGCCUACCACAUUUUCUGUGGAUUAUUAUAUGACCAAGCUUGUCAAAAGUCAUCAAAAGCUGUUGUUGAAAUCUCAUUGUGUUUACAAGAUAUUGACCAAUGAACAUAAAAGGUUCAUGGCUCAGUACACCAAUACAGCUUCCUCCACAACUGUUGGGCCAAUCAUUAUGAAACUUGCAGUCGAUGUUGGCUUUAACCCAAGAAUCGCUGAUUAACUUUUUUUCUUUCUCUUUUUAACUUCAAUACACCAAAGGACCAUUUGAACAUCAUAGUUCCAGACCUCUAAAUUACUGCCCACGUAUCCAAUAUUUUUCAGCAGUUCUGGCAGUA